GUGGACGGUAUUGAAUACGACGAAUAGCGCUCCGACAAGUGGAUAUAAUCACAAAUUCGUACUACUUGAGACGAAAACUUCUAAGUUUUAAAAUGUCAUUUAAAAGAGUUGGCGAUGACCCCACUGCAUUAAGAGUACAAAAGAGACAGCGAGUAUCCGAACUUUUGUUGGAAGAAAUUCCCGAAGACGAAGCCACACUCACGAAAAAUGGCAGGUUUGCCUGUCUAGUUUGUAAACACUGCCCAGUUUUUGACACUGUUGCUGUACUGAGAAUUCACAGGCAAGGGAAGAAACAUUUCUCAUAUGCCAAAGUAAGACUUGAGAAACUGAUAGAAGAUGCUGAAAUACGGCAAAAGAGAGAACACAUGAAAUACAUGGAGAAGGUUAUGGAUGAUGCGAAUGAAGAUGAAUCACCAUUGCUGAAGAUUACACAACAAAAAAAGGAGUUGGCCCUUCAAGGCUCAAAAAGCUCAAUAAAACAUAAAGAAAGCAAAGAAAGGACAUCAAAACAGCUGCCUUUCUUUCAGCGCAGAAAGCCCAUUGACCUGGACAUCUGUAAUGACAAACCAGGUUAUAAACAUGUGCAGAGGACCGAAUCAAGCAAAAACUUGUCAAAUUCAGUGAAGGACUCGGAAAGCAAUCAUUUUGAGAAAACUAAACAAUCCAUGAAGCCAUCAAUUGAUACACCUGGCCCAAAAAGUCAGAAAAAGACACCGUUAAGUCCUGGAGAGCUGGCUAGGAGGAAACACUUUUCUCGCCUCCGACAGGCUGGGUGGAUCAUGGGCUUGGAUGGAAAGUGGCAGAAAGAUGAAAAUGCAGAGUUUGAUUCUGAUGAAGACGAGCCACCCCCACCCCCACCAUCAUCAUAUGAUUUAACAUCAACAUAGUUGUAAAGAAAUUGUCAAGCUUGGAUAUACCCCUCCCCCUGAAAAAAUGGAAAAUAUUAAGAUCCUGGUAGAUACAAUAUGGUGCUAGAGAACAUAUAAAGCUAGUGAGAACUCUAAUUGAAAGGUCUGAGGCUGUUAUUAAAAGACCAGAUGUACCAUUGUAAUUUUACACAUAUACAUUUUGUACACUUAAGUAGUAUUACAACACAGUUUACUGGUUCAUACAGGAGUCGAUGAAGAGAAAUGAAGCUCUGUACUUAUAUUUUGUGCAUUACCCCCUUUCUUAGAGUUUGCCAGCUACCAGCGUCAGUUUACCAUGAAAGAAGAAAGAAAAUUUAAUAUUUCAUGCAUUAGGCCUUUCUCAGAGUUUUCCAUAUCUGUCUACCAGGGUAUUUGCUGCAGUGUUUUAAUCGGGCACCAUAUGCAGGCCUUAAUCAGUUAAGUACUGUGUUCUUCCAGUUGUAACAUUCUUGCAUGCUUUAUUCCAAAAUGCCUUUCACUUUUUUUUUUUUCAUGAAAUUCUUUAAAUUUAUAAUGCAUGCAGCUUUUCAGUUUUCAUGAACUAUGCCAUUUUUUAAACAUCAGUGACACCAAAUUUCAAUCAAUUAUUGUUUAUAUUAACAAUUUUAGAUUACAAUGAUUGCAAACUAGUUUUAUUUGCAUUUUUCUGUUUUAAAAAGACUGCAGACAUAUUGUAUACACAACAUGAAAGUAACUUUACAAAGAGACUAUAUACAAAAUAUUUAUAUAAAGUACAAGUGUUUCUUUUUGUAUCAAUAUUAAAACUAAUUGAUAUUAAUCAAUCAUGGCUUCCAAGUGAUGACUUGAACAGCUAUCUGUGCAGCCUUUCUGACUGCUGGACUGUCAUGAUCCUGAAUAAGCUUGGAUACCUGUAAAGAAAUAAUAAUUAUUUAAGUCACUUCUUGAAUAAUA